AUGAGAGGUGGUGGAAGGAAAAUUAAUUUGAGCUUCAUUGAGAAACCACAAGAAAUUGCAAAAGUUAAUAUAAUGCAGGAUUCAAAUGCAUUUGAGAAGUUCAAAGAGGAAGAAUUUUUAAGAGAAAAAGAAAAGUAAAUGAAUGAGCUAGUAUUGAAAAACAUAAAAUUCAAAUACUCCCCUUUGAAAUUAAUCGCUGAAUUGCCUAUUGAAGAGUAAAGUCAGUAGAAUAUGCUGAUUAUUAAUGAUAGAGACAUUCUCGCUGAUCCAAAUAGAUACUUAUUAAUUAAUCCUCAUGAUAAAGAAUCUAAAUCAACUAGAGAUUUUGUAAUGUCAACCAGGAAAAUGCUUUUUACCAAAAUAUCAAUUUAAGAUAAAGAGGAAGAAUUAUUUAAUAUUAAGGAAUCAUUAGUAUAGGACUAAGAAAAGUUGCUAGAGGCAUAAAAAUCAUUAAGAGAAGACACAAAUAAAUUCAAGAAUUAUCAAGAUGAGGUUGAAAAGUAAUUAGAAAUUAGUGAGCAGAAGAUGAAAGAUACAUUGGAUGAGAAGAAAAUUUAUGACGAAGAAAUUGAGAGAUAUUAAGAUAUGAUUUAAGAUAUAGACAUCUAAAUAAGACAAACUGAGAAUGAAAUAUCCCCUUAUAAAAAAUAAAAAAGAUUCAUAUUUUCACUUGCAGAAGAUUUCCUAUAUAAGAAGGAAUGA